GUCAAAUUUAUGAAUGAUUUACUCCUGGGGUUGAGGGCUGGAUGUAAACGAGCAGAAAGGAAGUUGUCAGCAGCAUCCUGCUCUGGCCAAUGGUAGGAGAGCUCCAUCUUAGCUGUGCCAUAGGCUGCACUAAAAAAGGGGACCAGAACAGCGCUCUUCCAGCAUCCUCUCAGACAAGAGCCCCUAAGUUGGUGAUAGUGAGCACGCUCAGGCAACUCUUCAAGAAUGGCAACCCUCAACACCACUCACUGGAAUGAGACUACAUCCAUUUCCCAGUAUCUGGACUUUCAAGUGCAAAAGAUCUACCCUUUCCAUGAUAACUGGAACACUGCCUGCUUUAUUAUUCUGAUCAUAUUCAUCUUUACUGUAGUAUCUCUGGUGGUGUUGGCUUUCCUCUAUGAACUGCUAGACUGUUGCUGCUGCGUGAAAAAUAAAACUGUGAAAGACUUGGAGAAUGAACCCAAUCCUGUUAGAGCAAUGUUGAACAGGUUCAGAAAGCAUGAAACAGAGGUCGUGUAGGAAGGACUGAGCAUCAGCACUUGAAUGCCUCACGAAUUCACUUGAAUGAA